GUGAGAAUAUCAACCUCCAUCCAACACUGCUUAUAUUCCGCCUCUCGGUUUGGUGCUCGACUUGCUAACGAAGAAUGUUGAAGACGAAGAUAAGAAGGCCACACCGAGAGAGAGAGGCUUUGCAGGCACCGCAAGGUAUCUGGAGACCCUUUUCACCCUCCCCACGAGAGGAAGGUUUAGGGUCGGUGGUCGAUCGCCGAAGGAGGAGGAGGAGGCUGGGGUCCACCGGAGCGGAUAAGCACGCCGCGAGCCGGCGGCGAAGGGUAGGAGCGAAGGCGAUGGCCUGGUGGGACAAGGCCGUGGCUUUCCCCGUGAAGCGUGCCUGCGUCGCCGUCGCCGCCGCCGCCGCCCGGGUUAAGGCUCCAAACCCCAGUGGUGGAAUUCAGAAGCUUCGCGAUGAUGUUCAGAUGUGUGGAUACCAGGAUGUGCAGGUCAUGUGGGAGAUGGUGAGGAGAUCAGAAAUGGAGUUAUCGAACAAGCGCAAAAGGUGCAAGAGACUGCUGUGGAGGCUACCGACUUGGUCGAAUCGAACAUCUUCCACUGAUCUCAUGGAUCCUCACUGAGAGAGUUUGGCAGUAGACUCGAGCAGGAUUCAGCUGAUACUAAUUGAAUCUGCCCCUCCUUUUCUACCACCAGUGAGAUGUAAGAAAUAAAAGUGUGAUAGUGAGCUUGAACAAACAUUAGCUUGUAUAUUUCUCUCCCCUGUCUCACACAAUGAGAUACAAGAAUUGUGUACAUUAUCCAGAUCAUGUGUAUAUGUGAAUAUUAGUAUCAGGAAUGGCACCCCAAAAUUAAAAGGAGGUGGAAAAUUGGUGCA